UUUGUUGUCUUUGGAAAAUUUAAGUAUACGCGGAAAAAACAACAUUUAGAAAUAGAUCAUGAUUUACCCCUCUCACGAGAGUGAUCUCAAGAGAAGGUGUUAAAUGUUUUCUUCUAAUGAGGCAAAACAUGUAUUUAUUAAAAUCAAAAUAUACAGAUACACCACAAAUUCUCAACCAUAUCGAUUGUUUACAUUUUCCAGUCGGCUUGCGGUGUGGUUCGUGAUUAGGAAAAUGUAAACAUUUUUAUAUUUGAACCCACAGAAUAAUACUUUUUUUCGAAUAGCAAACACGCAAAAUUAAAUUAAAAACAAAAAAAAAAAACAUUAUUAUUUGUAAAGAAGCACCUGGGAGGAAUUUCAUAAAGAUUCGUAAUAUUGUGUUUGUAUGGGUUAAGUGAACUAUCGACGUCAUUCCGAUUUAACUGUUAUUUUCAAACUCGAAAAUUUUAACAGUGAUUUUAGAGAAAUAAGAAGAAAAAAAAACAACAGGUGUUUUGUGAUCAUUUUGUAGAGAUUAAUUUUGUCCAGGAAUUAAUGAAGAUCAAUUUAUCGAAGCAAACUAUGGAGAAUGUACGAUUUUCGAUUAUAGAAAAUGACUUAAAUAAUUGGAACUCAGAUAGAGAGAUAGAAGACUAUUACGAUAAACGCAGCAUUUCCAGUGAAAGUGAUAGCGAUAUAUUCAGUAAUGAAACUGAUGCCAUUCAUUCAUGGCAACAACGAAGUCAUGUUAUUUGGGAUAUUGCAGAAAUUGAAGAGACAUUAAGACGACAAUCUCUCAAUGCCGAUAAUAUCCUUGAAAUGGUUAAAUGUGGAGAGUUUUAUGAAUUAAUUUCCGGGUCAAAUGAUGUAAAUAUAGGCCUCCUAUUCUCAGCAUUGUAUGGUUUCGUUGAAAGUAUGGUCAUACUUUUAAAUACCUUUUCGGCAGAUCCAAAUGCACAAGACUCAAAAGGACGAACAUCAUUGCAUUUCGCCUGUUCCAAUGGUAAUUCACAAAUUGCAAAAAUUUUACUCGAUCGUGAGGCCGAUCCAAAUUGUUGGGAUUAUAAAAAGGAGGUAACACCUCUGCACUGUGCUGCUAGUGCAAGCAGCGUCGAGUGCAUUUUGUUACUCUUACGACGAAGAGCACAAAUAAACAUUGGAAUAGAGAAACGCUCAGCUCUACACUUUGCUAUCGACAGAAAUGCAGUCGAAUGCGUGGAAACGCUUUUGAAAUAUGGCGCCAAUCCAAACACACCGCAGGUCUACACAGAAACUCCUCUGCAUACAGCAUGUGCCUUGGGCAAUAAGAAAUGUGUGGAACUUUUGCUCGCCCAUGGAGCUGAUGUUCGACCACAAUUUGGUGAAGGCAAGCUAACAGCCCUUCACCUAGCUGCCGAAAAUGAUUACGUUGAAUGUGUAAGAAUUUUGUUAGAACAUGGGGCUGAUGUAAACUGUCGAAAUGCCGGCUAUCAAACUCCACUUCAUUUGGCUUGUCUAUCACAAUCGGUAGAAACUGUGGAAAUGUUAAUAAAAUAUGGAGCAAAUGUUAAUGCUCAUUACAGAGAUGGUCGAACAGCACUGCAUGCAGCUAUCGUUAAGCAAUCUAGGUGUUUGGAUUGUUGUGUUGCUUUGCUGAGAGCUGGUGCGGAUGUUAAUAAAGCAGACAACUAUGGAUACACCCCCUUGCAUAUAGCUGCUUUGAAUGAGUUUAGCCAAUGUGUGUACACAUUUAUUGAGAAUGGUGCCGAUAUAACAGCAAGAACAGAUGGAAACGUUUCAGCGCUAUCAUUCAUUGUCCGUCGAACACCUGAUGUGAUACCCAAACUCAUAUCCAAUCUAGAUGCAUCGAUUAAAGUUAACGAUCAUGAAAUCGGUGAUGUCGAUUGCGAAAUAAAACUUGACUUUCGACUCUUGGUUCCCCUGCCAACACUUGAAAGAGGUGAAACUGAUCUUCUUAUGUCUUUCAUUGAAGUCGGUCAGAAACGUAUUCUUAUGCAUCCGCUAUGUGAGACAUUCUUAUUCCUCAAAUGGAGACGAAUAAGAAAAUUCUUCCUUAUGAGCCUAUUCUAUCAUGCUGUGUAUGUUUUAAUGUUUACCAUCUACAUAUUCGGAGUGUACGUUCGGAAUUGUGAAAAGGAUACAACUUGCAUUGCAGCCAAUUAUAUUUCAUCUACAGGCUAUUUUGUGGUGGUUCUGAAUCUUUUGCUGUUGGUUAAGGAAUUUUUUCAGAUGGCUCAUGGUCUGACGGGAUAUGCAAAAUACUGGGAAAAUUGGUUACAAUGGACAAUCAUUUUCGGAGUCUUUUUAUGUGUGACACCAGCACUUUUGGUUGCGCAAGAUUUGUUUACGGUACCUGAUUGGCAACACCAUGUCGCUGCAAUAGUAAUGUUCCUUGUUUGGCUGGAAUUGAUGAUGUUGGUCGGCCGAUUUCCUAUUUUCGGACUUUAUAUUCAAAUGUUUACAAAAGGUAUUUCAUAUAUUCUAGCUGUAUAUCAGUUUUUAAUUCAAAAACAACUCUUAUUGAUUUCAGUUGCUAUGAACUUUGGAAAGUUUUUAAUGGCUUAUUGUUGUUUGCUGAUUGCAUUCGGAUUGAGUUUCUGUGUCCUGUUCACAGAUUAUCCAGCUUUUAUAAAUAUUGCUUGGUCUCUAUUAAAAGCGAUUACAAUGAUGUCAGGAGAGUUGGAAUUUGAAGACAUUUUUUACGGAGAUUAUCCAAUUAAGUAUCCAGUUACUGCCCAUAUUCUAUUUCUGUCAUUUGUCCUGCUAGUAACCGUUAUAUUAACUAAUUUAAUGGUUGGUUUAGCGGUAAAUGAUAUACAAGGUUUACAAGUUUCAGCAACUUUAGACAGAUUAGUUCGUCAAGCAGAGUUGGUAUAUCGUUUGGAAUGUUUAUUAUUUUCACGACUUCUUCGUAAUUCUCCAAAACGACUGUUAGCCUUAUGCAAACGUAGUUCAUUGCUACGAACAUCUAGAAAUCAAUUACAAUUUGUUAUGCGUCCCAAUGACCCCAGAGACCAACAGUUACCAGAGGAAUUGAAGAUAAGCAUUUAUAAAAUGGUGGCAGAACGAAGGGAUCGCAAUCAGAGUCUCAAACAAAAGAAAUACGAGAGUAAUUGUAUGUUCUUUAACAAAUCAAUGCAAAAUCGUGAAUUGAAUAAUCAGAAAAGUCAAAAGCUAGACGGCUCGUGUAUACUACGACCGCGAUCAGCAACAAAUGUACCAAAUCAAUUGCAGCAGUCUUUUCAGAAUUUAUCAUCAUCUAGCGAAUUAAAACCACAGAAUGACAGUAUUAAGCCGCUUAGGCAAGAAAUUCAGUGCCUGAAGGGACAAUUGAAUAUUUUAUCAGAGAAAUUGGAAAAAUUCGCUGAGGGCUUUGAUAAGAAGUCAAAUAAUGUGGCAGAAGAUUUGGGUCAUAUCAAGAAGAUUUUAGAACAAAAAUCUCAAUUUUAUUUUUAAGCUUAACGACAGUAUUAUUUCCAUGUAGUUAGUUUAAGUAAAUUUUAAUAUUUAGAAUAUAUUUUAUAUACAAAUUAUAAAUGAAAAUAAAUUAAAAUGGAAUGCUUUUGAAA